GUAAACCCUCCUUAAACCCUCUCACCAAACAGAGAAACCAACACGCAAAGCGUUUCUUUCAAACAACACCCGAGUCCAACUUUCUCUCGCAUUUCCGUGUUUUUCUUGUCCUGAAAAAAUCAGCCCAACAAAGAUGAUGAGUCGCGGCGCGACCAGGGUAAUCCGCUCCGUCGUGGGUCCUCCCAGAUGCUUCUCGACCGCCGCCGUCCGCACGAUCGGAACUGCCUCGGCUACCGCCAAGAUUUCGAACGGGGCGGCCGGGUUCUUCCCUUUGAAUCCGGGUAAGGCUUCGGAGAGGGCGGCGGUGACGUGGAUCAGGUUUCCGGUGAUGGGGGCGCGGAAUGCCUCUACGGUGGCUUUGGAUGCCAAGGAGCAGAAGGAGGAGGAGAAGGUGGGGAUCGGAUCGGCCGGUGGCGUUGCGGGCGGUACUGGUGGUAAAGAUGAUAAGGCGAUCGUGAGUUAUUGGGGGAUUUCGCCGGGAAAGGUCACCAAGGAGGAUGGUACCGAGUGGCGCUGGAGCUGCUUUAGGCCAUGGGAGACGUACAAGGCGAAUGUGGAAAUAGAUCUGAAGAAGCACCAUGUGCCUGUAACGUUCUUGGACAAAGUUGCAUUUUGGACCGUUAAGUCUCUCAGAUACCCGACCGAUUUAUUUUUCCAGAGUAGAUAUGGGUGUCGAGCAAUGAUGCUGGAAACCGUGGCGGCGGUCCCCGGCAUGGUGGGAGGAAUGCUCCUCCACUGCAAAUCCCUCAGGCGGUUUGAGCACAGCGGCGGGUGGAUCAAGACCCUGCUAGAAGAAGCCGAAAACGAGCGGAUGCACCUCAUGACAUUCAUGGAAGUAGCCAAGCCCAGGUGGUACGAGCGGGCGUUAGUUUUCGCAGUCCAAGGCGUUUUCUUUAACGCCUACUUCUUGGGCUAUCUAGUUUCACCGAAAUUCGCACAUCGGGUUACUGGGUACUUGGAGGAAGAGGCCAUCCAUUCUUACACCGAGUUCCUCAAGGAGCUGGACGCAGGUAGGAUUGAGAAUGUACCCGCUCCAGCCAUUGCGGUGGAUUACUGGCAGCUGCCACCGGAUGCCACGCUCCGUGAUGUGGUGGUGGUUGUGAGGGCGGAUGAGGCUCACCACCGCGAUGUUAACCACUUUGCUUCGGACAUUCACUACCAAGGACAUGAGCUGAAGGAAGCCCCAGCCCCAUUUGGGUAUCACUGAAGGAAUCAGUAAUCUGGUUGAUGAACUAGUUAUAUUAUGACUUGUGAUAUUAUUGAUCUUAAAAAGUAUGUUUAACCCCUAUUACUAAGAAACAUAUGGAGUUUGUUGUUGGAUUUAUUAGUGAACAUAUUUUCGAGUGACUCGUUUUUUAAAAUUUUCCUUUUGUUCUAUUUUGGGAGUACAAAGAUGUUGGAUUUAUACUCUACAGUCGGCUUCUAGUGUGAGAUUCCACACGUUCUUGCGGGCGGGAUCCCUCACUAGAAAUUUUCUGUAGACUCCUAUAUUUAUUCUCUC